CAGAAACUAAUAACAAAAAUACAUGUAUGGUGGGAUCAGGAAUUCACGGCCAAAGCAAACAGAGUAAGACUUUUCCCCUGCUGAAUUGUGAUUUAGACUAGCUUCCGAAAAGUUGAGAUGGUCCUGAUGGGCAGACAGGUACUGCAGUGACGAGAGGACUGUUUUUCAGUAAAAAGAUCUCAUCAAACUUCAUAUAAGAAGGUUCGAACAAAAUUGAAGAUGCCUGGCCGGCUGAAAGUGAGAAUUUUGAGUGCUAGGGACUUGCCUGUGAUGGACAGGGCCAGCGAACUAACUGAUGCUUUCGUUGAGGUUCGCUUUGGCAGUGAUACCUUCAAGACAGAUGUGUGUAAGAAGUCCCUGCACCCACUGUGGAAUUCUGAGUGGUUUAAAUUUGAGGUUGAUGAUGAGGUCCUUCAAGAUGAGCCCCUCGAUUUAAGGGUACUGGACUAUGACACGUACAGCGCCCAUGAUGCCAUUGGGAAAGUCUACAUUGACCUGAACCCUUUGUUGAAUCGAGAGACUCCCAACACCAUCAGUGGCUGGUUCCCAAUCUACGACACUAUGCACGGUAUCAGAGGUGAACUGAAUGUGCAGGUGCGAGUAGAACUAUUCAGUGACUUCAAUAAGUUCCGGCAGUCUUCUUGUGGGAUUCAGUUGUUUUGUACCAGCGAGGUUCCCACUGGGUGGAAGGUUCAGAGCAUGCUAGGAUUUAUUGAGGAGCUGGUGGUGAACGAUGACCCAGAGUACCAAUGGAUUGAAAAGAUUCGAACACCGAGGGCCUCCAAUGAGGCUAGGCAGAGACUGUUCUCUAAACUCUCAGCUAUCACCAAAAUUUUGACCUAGAGGGUGAGUCUGGGAUCAUCGUGCGAGCGAUCGGCACGGCCGUGGCUCUGUCCAAGUCACAGAUAGGUCAGAUGUCGCCUGCUGUCAUGCCUGUCUCCUCUGUGUCUCCACAACGAGACAUGCGCAGGCACACAGUGAGUCUUCACCACCGCCCCGCCUUCCAAACCUCACACCCUCACCAGCAGCAGUCGCACCACAACUACCCCCGGCCGCCCCAGCGCCGCCGCCGUCACGACUCCCACCCAAGCCGCUACAGUCUCUCCCAGUCUCCCUCCGGCCUGGCCGGGGAUUCGAGCCCUUCCCUCUCAGGGACCCCUUCCUCCCCCUUGCCAACCUCACCCAAAUCUCUUGUAGGGCUUUACUACCCCACGUGCUCCCCCUCUUCCUCUUCCUCCCACUCCCGAUUGUCGUACUCCCCACCCCCGUCGGCUCCACCCGUCUUCCAGCGGGGCUCCACAGAGGGUUCAAACCUCUCCGUGUUCACUUUCCCUUGCAGCACUUCCUUCCCCGAAGAUCCCUCCUCCUCCUCCGUUCCCCCUCCCCCCUCCUCCUCCUCCACUACCAUCAUCCCCACCACCACGGCCAUACCUGCAGCCACAGUCAUCACCACAGCUGCCACUACCACAACCACAUCCCCAUUUCCCAACUCUUCACCUACCCAACCACCCCCUGCUUCAUCGGACGCCGCUCCUCCUGCAAUCGCACCUCCGGCAGGAGGGACAACUCUAAAAGCAGCAGCACCGGCAAUGGGUUCACCUUCCAUCGCUCAGCAGUCAAGACAACAACAGCAACAACAGCAGCAACAACAACAACAGCAGCAGCUACAACAGCAGCAGGAGCAGCAGCAGCAGCAACAGCAAGCACCACAGCAGCAGCAAAACCAAACCCAGCCUUUGAGGCACUCCACCUCUCCGGUGCGAGUGGUUCCUGAGUCCGAUAACAACAGGCGGAUGUCGGACUCUGAUUUGAAUUCUCCCUCGAAAGGAGGAGUUCUGUCGGGAAGUGGUAAUGGUGGUGCGGUGCUCAAUUCUGGAGCGGCACUGAGGCCCACACACUCUAAGACAGCAGUGCUGCAGCAGAGCAUUGAUAUGCUGGAAUACCCUUUCUUCACCAUGAGGAGCUUCCCUCCAGGUUUUAUCCUGAGUCUUGGUGGGGUGGUCUCCUCUCGCUCUGUCAAGCUCUUGGACAAGAUACAUAACCCAGAAGAGCCUGAGACUCGGGACGCGUGGUGGAGCGAGCUGAGGACAGAGGUCAAGGCCCAUGCAGCCAAACUGGGAUGUCAUGCCGUGCUGGGCUACCUGGAGCAGACCUCCAUUUGUGAUGAAGUGAUCAUACUGUCAGCUAUGGGCACAGCUGCUAAGAUUAACCUGAACUUUGACCCUGUCCGUGGCACAGUGACUCCGCAAGUGUCAUCAGGAGUCCCUGUGAACCCUAGUAUGUCCGGUGCCCCCAUGGAAAGGUCAGCGUCUGGCGGGUCCAGCAGCGGAGAGCGCUCUGAUAGCAAGGACAGAGACCGCCAUCUUUUUGUGGAUAUCUCCUUGGCCAAUCAGAUACAGCAGAAGACGUUGACUUCCAUUGAUGGUGUGGAGGAUAGCCCCACUCGCUGCACCAUGUGUCACAUUCCUUACAGUCCCACCAACCUGCCCUUUGAGAUACAACUGUCCAAGUGUGCCAUUUGCAGGCGGAAAAGUGUCCCGGAGGUUUUGUUCACCACUGUUGACCCACCAGUGGACAUGCCUGUGUGGAGUAAGGGCUGCCUGAUUCAAGCAAGAAUAUGUCGCCCUAAGAGCAAGACCAAAACAUCAGAACAGUCGGCCAGAGAAGUCAGUGACAGUCUUCCUUUCGUGGAGUACGAAGUCCACAACCAGCUGAUCAACAAGCUCAAGAUCCGUGGCCUGAAUUGCCUAUUUGGCUUGAAGAUCCAGAUUUGUUUGGGAGAUAAUAUGCUGAUCGCUGUUGCGACAGCGACAGGGGUCUACAUUGGACCCCUCCCUGCCCCGCCUCAACCGAAGAUCUCUUCAGAGGUGGCGACGGCGGCAGAGAGUCAGGACAUGAUCAUGUUGCAGAGAAGAAUCAACCGGACCGUUCACAUCCACAGAGACCGACUGACCAGUGAGAUUGUGAUUGAUGACCUGAAGGAUGACGCUGUGUCCAUGAUCCUCCAUGAUGUGAUCCCCCCUGAGGGCUUUGACAUCUGCAACACGCAGCGACCGCCCGGGAUUGCCUCGGACCGCCUCACGGCCAACUUGCAGAUGUUCACCCAGAUGGUGCGCGUGCGCUUUCAGCCCACUGUUAACAGCAGUUUGGAGUUUUCCAGUAUCUUUAACGGUUUGCUACGGAGAAUGUGCUUCAAGAUGCGUCACCUGAAGCCUUGCUGCCUGACGGACAUUUGUUUCACUGUGGAUGUUCCAGACGAAGAUGAAGUCAACGUUGCAGUCACAGGCUGUUGCCUGGGUGUGCAGGACCAGAGCAGCCUGCCAAACUCCACGUCCAACAGUACCACCAAACUUCUGUCUCGACUCAACGAGUCAGUCAAACCUGCCUCGGCUCCUGUUACACAAAGUGACCAGACGGAUGACAUGAUGUUCCCAUUGGACGGAGUUCGAGAUUCAGCCCAGCCCCCUGCACAGCCGGCAGCUCCUCCCAGCUGCAGCCGUGUGGCCAGUGUUCCCAGUCAGCUCGGCAGAUCCCUCAAGCAGCUGAAAGAGGUCCCAAAACAGAAGUUACCUCCGCUGCUUGGCAUUGAGCUGACACCUCUGAACGUGGUCUACAAUGGGCGCAUCGAGAAGUACCUGGGUUAUUACAACUUUUUCUUCAUACGGGAGAGCACAGCAGUGCGAGAGUGUGGUGGAGUAGGCGGCUUCAUGCAGAGCUUCGUACUGGAGGUGAUGGCCAUAGUUCGAGCCCACGUGGCUGCUCUUGGGGGCAACGCACUGGUGGCUUACAACAUGUCCCAGUGUGUGCUAGACAACAACCCUCACAAAAACCAGGGUCAGUGCCUGAUCAACGUGAGUGGGGACAUUGUAGCGGUCAGCCAUGAUCAGGACAGCGACAGUGUGUUUGUGGAGACACCCAUGCCGGUGCCCGCGGCGGCCGCCUCAUGACGAUGACUAGACCAGACAUUGUCGCCUCGCCGUGCUGAAUGCUGUCCAUGCAGUUUUUGUUCUGUUCUUGGUGUGUCGUUUUCCAAUGUAUCGUUUGACAUUCAACUUACUUCUGGCAACAUAAAAGAACCUCACGUUCUUUACCAAAAAUAUGACACAGAAAGCUCAGUGCAUCUUGGCUCAUGUAGCUGUAAAUGAAUUGGUAUUCAUAGCUUCCCUUGCAGGAAAAAAUGCAUAUUUUUUUCUCGAGAACAGGCAGGACACUAUCUAUCUUGUAUACAUGUGAAGUGUGCAGAACAAAUGUUAACUACUUCUUGUUGGUUUUUAGCUCGUUAUCAAUGCUUUCCGUUUUCGAAAUCUUUAGCAAUUUUUUAACUCUGUAAAUCAGCUUUUGAUAUAUGACAAUCAGUAGAGGUUGGAGACUGCAGUUCUACUUACAUCCUGUCGUUUUGCCCUUUUGCUGCCUUUUUCCUACAUUGAAUAUGUGUCUGAUUGAUUUGGGGGUGUGAACAAUUUUUUUUUUUUUUUUUAAAUUUGGUGUGCAGUCUUCCAUCCAUUUUUCCCCCAUAACAGUCUCUGUAAAUAAAAUGCAGUGGCUGAUGUGUUUGUAGAUUAUUUGGAGGACUUACUCUAGUUCCUACCAGCUGUUUUUCCUGGAGUUCAAUGGCCGGUAAACAUGACCACACAAUCAAGGUCUGGAAGUUUGAGAGACCACACGGUCAAGGUCUGGAAAUUUGAGAUAUGUUCCCUCUCCCAAAUAUUUCGAGUUUCUUUUUUAAUUCAUAUGUUACGGUUUAUGUCUUCAUUAUGUUUACGAAAGCAAACGUUUUAGUUUAUAAUCCUAUAGAUUCUGAUGAUCAUGCCGUCUGUUGGUGGCAUUUUCUGCAUAACAUCUUUGGGUGGUUGGAAGGCACCACUGGUUGGUCCUACUUCUAUCUCAUACCCUUGUUGCUUUUGUCUGUCUGUCUG